AUGGCGACUCUCGACUCACCACCAUGGAUCUUGCUGUGCACUCUCGCGGCCCUGCUGGCUGCCCUGUGGUGCGCGGGACGGGCGCUAGCCGGCGCUUGGCUCCUCCGCCCGCGGAGGGUUGCUCGGGCCCUGCGGUCUCAGGGCGUCCGCGGCACGCCUUACCGCUUCCCCUCCGGCGACGUUCAUGACUAUGUGCGGCUCGUCGCGGCGGCGUGCUCCCAGCCCAUGCCGCUGUCCUCGCACGCCGUUGCCGCCCGAGUGGCGCCGUUCGACCACGGCGUCAUCAAGGAACACGGUAACUGGCUACCCCUCUCGAUUAGGCCGUAUGCCGCAUGGUGA